UGUUUUGUAGUUAAACUUGGCUGAAGUUGAAUGAUUUUUAUGUGAUAAAGAAAUGGAAAAGUGAUUUUUGUAGUAUAAAUAGAUAGAAUGUAGCGACUGAACAGUCAAGCGCAUAAGAGCUGGGACCAAACACAAGCAUUACAAAACAAACAUUGCUAUUGAUGGGAGAUGGGUAACUUUAAUUUGUGCAGUUCAGAGUACAAGCAAUGUAACACAGAGCCCCACUGAUCUUAAAGGAAAUGAAUUAUUAAAGAGAUUUAGCUGAAAUAUUGAUUGAGACACAGUGAUAAAAUCUGGAUUGCUCCUUCCUUUAUUAAUAGGGGAAGAAAAAUUCUAAACUCCUCAACUAUCAAGAGAGAGAGAAGAAGAAGAGACUAUUUUAAUUCAGAAGUUUGAAUUUUUCUAAAACAUUCUUGGAAACUUUCUAGUUUUGGCAACUCUUUGAUUGUUCACCAUUCCUCCAGUCAUGGCUAUUUUUUAGAAGACAAAACAGAGGAAGUUCACUUUUUUCUUGAAGAAAAAAGCAUACAUCUUUGGGUUAAUCAGUUGCUGGCUGAUAAAGAUGAAAUUUGGGAAGGAAUAUGCAUCCCAAAUGGUCCAUGAAUGGCAAGAAGCUUAUAUGGAUUAUAAUUAUCUCAAGAGUCUUUUGAAUGAAAUCUUGAAUUUCAAGGAAAAAAAUGCACCAUUACCUGAAGUUGCAGCCACCCCAAGAGGGUCUUUAAAGAGAAGACUAUCAAUGUACAGAGCAUUUAGUGGAUUACAAACUAGAUACAACAGUUUCAAUGGGAAAAAUAACCACGAAGAUGAAGUGAUAGUAGUGAAUUCAGUGCAACAAGAGGGAUCUGAAGGUCUUUAUGAAACCACCUUCCUUGUGUCUUAUGAAGAAGGCGGAGAAUGUGAGCUGAUUUUCUUUAGAAGAUUGGACGAUGAAUUCAACAAGGUGCUAACUUUUUACAAGAAAAAAGCAGGGGAAGUGAAGGUUGAGGCUGAUGAGUUGAGUAAACAAAUGGAUGCACUUAUUGCUCUAAGAAUCAAGGUUGAUAAGAUUUCAAUUGGAAUCCAAAGUGCCCAAGUGAUCGAUCCUUCAACCAAUGAUAAUAGUGCCAUGUCUCCAGCAUCAGUGGAUCCUAUUCAUUUCAGUAGUCCAGGUAGGUCACAAAUGGAGGCAAUUCAAGAAGUUGAGAUGACCAAUGAAGAAAUACUGGAAGAGGAGGCAAUUCAAGAAGUUGAGAUGACAAGUGAAGAGAUUUUGGAAGAGGAAGCAACAACAGGGAAAAGAGAUACAACAAAGAUGGAUCCCAUUGGUUUUAGGCCUGCUCCACUAGAGAUUCUGGACUACUUAAAAAUCAAUAUUGAACCCGAAUCACCUAUCUCAACUUUAAGAUCUUGUAUCAUGACUUCAAAAUCAAACUUAUCAUUCAGCAAAGAAGAGCUCAGAAAAGCUGAAGAACAAAUGAAAAAGGCUUUUGUCGAGUUCUAUCAGAAGCUUAGACUUUUAAAAAGAUACAGUUCCUUAAAUGUGUUGGCAUUUUCCAAGAUCAUGAAGAAGUAUGAUAAGAUCACUUCAAGGAAAGCUUCUAAAUCAUACUUAGAGAUGAUUGAAAAAUCUUAUCUUCGUAGCUCAGAUGAGGUACGUUUUCCUUCAGUUUCAAUUUUUUUUUCCUCUCAGCCUUAUUCCACUUGUGACUAUAGUUUGAACGUUGCAUCAAUCAUUGUUAUUGUUAAGGUUUCUGAGCUCAUAACAGGCGUGGAAGCCACGUUCAUAAAGCAUUUUGUCAAUGGAAACCGAAGGAAAGGAAUGAAAUAUUUAAGACCACAAGCAAAAAGAGAAACGCAUAGAGUAUCAUUUUUCCUAGGUUUGUUCUCUGGCUGCUCAUUAGCAUUAGUAGCAGCUAUAGCUGUAUCGAUACGUGCAGGAAACCUACUAGAGCACGAGGGUCGUGGGCAGUAUAUGGAAAACAUAUUUCCAUUGUACAGCCUAUUCGGAUUCGUUAUCCUGCAUAUGCUCAUGUACGGGGCAAACAUAUACUACUGGAGGCGUUUUCGAGUCAAUUAUCCCUUCAUAUUUGGCUUCAAGCAGGGAACAGAGUUAGGUUACAGACAAGUUCUCCUCCUCGCUUCUGCUCUUUCAUUACUUGCAUUGGCUGCUGCACUCUAUCACCUGGAUAUGGAUAUUGAUCCGAAAACACGAAGUUUUGAGACAGUGACUGAGCUGACCCCACUUGCCUUGGUGAUUGUUCUGCUUCUAAUAACUUUUUGUCCUCUGAACAUUAUAUAUCGUUCAAGUCGUUUCUUCUUUAUAAAAUGUGUCUGGCGCUGUCUGUGUGCUCCCCUUUAUAAGGUUACCCUACCAGAUUUUUUCUUGGCAGAUCAACUUACCAGCCAGGUUCAGGCAAUUAGGAGUUUGCAAUUCUAUGUCUGCUACUAUGUGUGGGGCAACUUCAGAGAAAGGUCAAAUAAAUGUCAACAAAGCAGUAUUUACCCAAUCUUAUACAUAUUCCUCGCAAUUAUUCCCUUUUGGUCUCGGUUUAUUCAGUGUCUUCGUCGCUUGUUUGAAGAGAAAGAUUCGAUGCAGGGGUUUAAUAGCCUCAAAUAUUUAUCAACAAUUGUUGCUCUUGUGAUGAGGACACUAUAUGAUCAGAAAAGAGGAACCUUUUGGAAAGUAAUGGCAGCAUCAACUUCAGGAAUUACUACAGUUGCAAACACUUAUUGGGACCUUGUCAUAGAUUGGGGUUUAUUACAAAGGAAUUCCAAAAACCCCUGGUUGAGAGACAAGCUACUUGUGCCAUACAAGAUUGUCUACUUUGUUGCCAUUGUUCUUAACAUUAUUCUGAGACUAGUAUGGAUGCAAUUGGUUCUAGAUUUUCAAGAACUACCCUUUUUGCACAAGAAAGCAUUUGUUGCAAUGGUGGCCUGUUUGGAAAUCCUUCGCCGAGGCAUGUGGAACUUUUUCAGGUUGGAAAAUGAGCACUUAAAUAACGUUGGUAAAUAUCGUGCCUCCAAGUCCGUACCCCUGCCUUUCAACUACGACGAAGACAAGAGUAUGUAAAACGAAAAUCAAAGGAAUCCAGAGUACUUCUUUAAUUCAUUCAUCAAUGGUGUUUAUAAUAUAGUUUUGUUCAUGAAAUUCUACAGUGAAGGUAUAGGACAAAAAGAAAGUUGAAUAUAGCCUCUUGAUUAAGGAUUGAAUGAAAAAUAUUUUAUUCAUAAAUUCAAAAUCUCUUCAAUCUUACGACAAGAUCUCUCUUCA